CCCCGGUGAGGGCAGGGGGGCCCCAUCACGGAAGUUGGCGGAGUGCACCGUGGUGGUGCCAGGACGGCAGGAAGGGUGCCGUGGGGUGCCCGUGGGGUGCCCCCAUCAGGGCCCGUGGGUGCUGCCGGGGGGAGGCCUGAGCAGGGCUGGCCCCGGCCAUGGGACAUGUAGGGACGGGGUCGAGAGUCCAUCCCGUUCCCCCGGGGCCGGGAGCGGAGGUGCUGUCCCGGGCAGGGGCAGCUUUAUUUCCACGCAGGGAUUUGCUCCGAAGGAAACCCGGGAGCCCCCUCGGGAGGCCGUGGCCGGGUGAAGGGCCGGUUCGGCGCUGGAAGGAGCCGGGCGACGGGGGGAGCUCCCUGCGCUGCCCGGGGCUGGCGGCGGGGCACGGCCCGGCCCCGCUCCUCGCUCCCGCCCCGGCGGCGGGAGCAAUAAAAACACCGUUUCACCCUGUCCCGCCGUCCGUCUGUUUUCCCGGGGCUCGGUGGGUCGCCCCACGGGAGGGGGGAGAGGGAGGGCAGGUCCCGCACCCGCGCCGUGGGGCCGCCCCGCCGAGCCCGUCCGUGGGUCGGUGCGGGAGCGGGGGAGGCCCCACCCCGGGGCGGUCGCCGACGCCGCGCAAGGACCCGGGUGUCCGGGAUCGGAGCAGGAAGCGGGAGCCGGCGGUGGCGGCGGCGGGGCCCGGGGAGUCGGGGCCGUCGGGAGUGGACGACGUUGGGGCCGGGGCGCCCCACGGCCCCGGCCCCGCCAUGCGCAGGCUGGGACGGCUGCUGCUGCUGCUGCUGCUGGCCGUGGGGACGGCGGGUGGGCGCGGGGCCCCCCGUGACACCCUGGCCUGCUCCCAGGGCCUCGUCUGCCACCUCCUAGACACCGACGUGCUGUGCGGGACGGAGCUGCCGGGGCUCGGUAACGGGCCGUCCCUGGCUCGGCUGCGGCUGGAGCCGGCUCUGCGCUGCAGCGAGCCCGCGGCCUGCUCGCCCUGCCUGGAGGUGCGCCUGCGCCUCGCCCUGCCGCCUGGCACCGGUACCAGCACCCUCCAGCCCCGCCGCCCCACGCCGUCAGGCAUCCCUGGGGAGGAGGGCAACAAUGAGGGGGGACGGUGGUCACUGGUGGACGAGGUUGCCUCAUCCCAGCCGAACGUCACCGGGCUGCUGCUGCUCUCCGGGCACGCCUACGCUUCCUCCCGCUGUGUGGCCGUGGAGGUCCAGGCGUCCCCGGACCUCGUGCUGCCCGGCCGACCCCUGGGCUGGGUGACCUUCCAGUGCUUCGAGGCACCGCUGGGCUCCGAGCUCCACGUCACGGUGUAUACCAACUCGCGUGGGCGCCGGAGGCUGAGCCAGCGGCAGCGGGUGCCAGACUGCUCGUGGCCCGCGGCACAGGCUGCUGUCCCCCAGUGCCAAGUGCCCAGGCUGGAGGUCUCCCCGGGGCCGAAGGAGGUGGUCGUGCAGGUGCAGGGGGCGGCGGCGGGGCACAGCUACACCCUGCGGCUGUACCACAACCAGAGCCACGGCACUGGUGGGUCGGGGCGCGCGGUGACCGCGAGUGGCCCCAUGAACUACAGCCUGCCAGCUGAUGAGGUGCUGCCCUGCCUCUGCCUGCAGGUCUGGCCGGAGAUCCAGGACCCACUACGGGCCACGCUGUGCCCCUUCUCCCACGAUUCUGAGGCCUGGGAGCGGCUGUGGGCACGCAGCCGGCUGGUCCUGCAUGCCGAGGGGCAGGUGCUGACCUGCUCCCUCUCAGCCCCCUGCGACCUCCCAGCCCAGCUGGUGCCCUGCUGGCGGCCGGAGCCUGCGGGACCGUGCCAAGCCCUGCCCGGCCUGCAGCAGCCCGCCAUGGGGCAGGGACCUCAGGAUUUUGGGGGGCUACGACUGCAUCCCAACCUCUGUGUGCAGGUGUGGGGCGGCGGGCAGGUCCGGCUGACCCAGUGCCUGCGGGACAGAGCACUGCCUGGCCAUGCCAGUGACCUCCUGCUGCUGCAGCGUGGGGGGAAUGCCUCGCUGUGUGCCCUGGAGCGGGGUUCCUGCACGCCCCUCGCCAGCUUCACCAGCACGGGAGCCGGGCACCCAGGGCGGCUGGAGCGGGAGCUGCGGCGGGAUGUGCUGGCAGGGCAGUGCAGGCAGAUCUGGCACCUUGAGAACAGCACCGGGGUCACGCUCUGGGCCUGCCCCCUGCACAAGUACCUGCAUGCUCGCUGGGUGCUGGCGUGGAUGGGCGCGCUGCUGGGGGCCGCCUGCCUCCUGCUCCUGCUCCUGCUGAAGAAGGAGGACGUGAAAGGCUGGUUGAAGUCCCUGAGGGCUGACUACGGCUCCGAGGGUCCCCUGCGAGGCCGGCGGGCGUUGCUGGUGCACGCGGUGGAGCCGGUGGCCGAGCGAGCGGCGUGUGCCCUGACGGCUGCCCUGCGCUCACUGGGACUGGCGGUGGCAGCAGCCCCGGGAGGUGGCAGCGGGGUGGCGGCGUGGGGACCGCUGCCAUGGCUGCACGCCCAGCACCGGCGGGCGCUGCGUGAGGGUGACACCAUCAUCCUCCUCCUCUCCCCGGCGGCUGUGGCUGCCGCACGCCUGUGGGACACCGGGGCCGGGGUUGUGCCGUGGGCCAGGGAUGCUGAAAGCAGCCCCGGCCCCCGGCACUGCCCCGGCCCCCGGCAAUUCCCCGGUGCCCGUGAUGAUGUCCCCACCGUAGAGCCCUGUGAGGUCUUCGCAGCAGCUCUGUCCUGCACCGUGCCGGCGCUGGCGGCGGGCAACGGGCGCUACGUGGUGGCCCGGCUGGAGGCUUUGGUACCGGAGGUGCCACCAGCUCUCCGGGCAGCCCCUGCCUUCGCCCUGCCCGGUGAGACGGGGGGGUUCCUACGGGCGCUGGCGGGACCGGGUGGUCGUCGGGGCCGGUGGCCGGAGCCCUACGUGGCGGCGGUGGCCGAGGGGCUGCGGCGGGCGCUGGGGGAAUAAACGGGCCUGGAACGGACAGAGCAUGAGGGAUUCGGCGGGGGCAACACGGCCUGGGAGGAGGAGAAGCUGGCCAAGUACCAACACAGCGAGACCCGUCUGCUGGAGGUGCUGGAGGGCGUCUGUGCCCCCUCGGACUUCACCUGCCACCAGCUGCUGGAGCGGAGCGAGGAGCAUGUGGAGCAAUGGUGGUUCCAUGAGCGGCAGCAGCACCCCGACUUCUUCCAAUGGCUGUGCAUAGACAGGCUGGCACUCUGCUGCCCGCCUGGCACCUACGGCCCCGACUGCCGGCCCUGCGCCGGUGGGCCCCAGCAGCCUUGCAGCGGCAAUGGGCGAUGCGACGGUGACGGCACGCGCCGCGGCACCGGCCUGUGCGUCUGCAGCCCCGGCUAUGGCGGCCCCUUCUGCGCCGAGUGCGGUGAUGGCUACUACGAAGCCUCGCGGAACAAGAGCCACCUGGUAUGUGCCGAGUGCUACCGGGCCUGCGGGCGCUGCACAGGACCGGAGGACUCCAGCUGCCUUCGCUGCAAGAGGGGCUGGGUGCUGCAUGAGCACCGCUGCAUCGACAUCGAUGAGUGUGGCACAGAGAUGGCGCACUGCCGAGCCAACCAGUUCUGCGUAAACACGGAGGGCUCCUACGAGUGUCGAGACUGUUCCACAGCCUGCAUCGGCUGCAUGGGUGCCGGGCCGGCUCGCUGCAAGAAAUGCAACAAGGGCUACUGGCGGGAUGGAGCCAAGUGCCUGGAUGUGGACGAGUGUGCCAGCGCCGAGGAGCCGGUGUGCACGGGGGUGCAGGAGGUGUGUGAGAACACGGAGGGCAGCUACCGCUGCGUCUGCGCCCGCGGCCACGUCCGGCGGGACGGGCAGUGCGUGGAGGACAAGCCCCCUGAUGCCCCAGAGAAGGGCUUCUUUGACGACGUGACGGAUGACGAGGUGGUGGUGCUGCAGCAGAUGUUCUUCGGUGUGAUGAUCUGUGCCCUCGCCACACUGGCUGCCAAGGGUGACAUGGUCUUCACCGCCAUCUUCAUCGGCGCCGUGGCUGCCAUGGCCGGCUACUGGCUCUCCGACCGCAGCGACCGUGUCCUCGAUGGCUUCAUGAAGGGCAGAUAGCUCUGGGGCUGCCGGGCAUGGGCAGGGGGGUAGGCUUAGCCUGGAGUGCAGGGUACCCCCCCAGCAGGGGCUGGCUGCCGAGGCCGGAUCCUGCGCAUGGUGCUGUGCCCUGCAUGUGUCCCCCAGCCCUCCGUUAGCGUAGGGUCUCCCCCCUGACCCCUGCAGAAUGAGCUGGGGGUGCCUGGUACCCAGGGGGCUGCACAGCCCCCUCCGGCCAGUGUAGUGAUGCCGAGCACUAAUGCACUUUGGGGCGGGGGGCACAGCAUGCUGCCCUCAGCCCCUGGUGCUCUGGAGAGGCCUGGCACUGUGGGGGUGCUCUGGCACCACUGGUCCCAGGGCAGUGAUGCUGGCAGAGCUCAGCCCUGCUGGCACCGCAGGACCUUGUGUGUCCCCCCCGUGAGACCAUUCCCCAUUGGGCAGUGGGGGGCUGGGUCCCCCCUCUGCCCUGAGUUGUGGGGCUGGGAGAGCUGCUCCCCCCCGCAUCCCUGGGCAGAGCCCAUCUCUCCCCUCCAGGUUGGGGGGUGGGGUGGGGGCUCCCAUGGGGCAGGGGCAGCUCUCGGGGGCACCGUGCUGGCCAGGGGGGGCCCUGCUGGAUGCAUGAGCGUGGCCGUUGCAUUUGUCCGUGGUUUGUCCGUCGGGGUGUGCCCAUCUGUCCGUGUGUCCAUAUCUCAGGAAAUAAAGCUCUGCACACCCA